UCAUAGUAAAUGUAUUUAAAUUAACUUAAAGAAAAAGAUCAUUAUGUUUCUUUAAUUAGGUUUAGUUCAGUGAUGUUGUUCUCAUGUUGAGGGAGGGACACUGAUAUUUCCAGCACUGGUCAUUAAUAAACAGUGUUAACCACAGAAAGUCCUUCACUGUGAAGAUAAAGUGCUUGAGUUAAAACAGUCAGUCAUUUGGUUGCUGUUGAUCUGAUGAGCUUCAACACGAUAUAUUUUAUGCUGAUGUUGGUCAGAAUGGCUCCUCGUCUUCCUCUGAUCUUUCUGCUCAUGAUUCACGGGGUUUCUAGUGCUCAUUGGGGUGUGAGUUACAGUCCUUCACACAUCUGUGCACUAAAGGACUCAUCAGUGAUAAUGAGCUGCACUUAUACAUACCCUACUGGAUAUCAGAUCAAGAAAGUGUUCUGGACCAAAGACACUGUAAAAGAGGGUGUAGAGCUUAAAGAUCUGUCUGAGGACCCUGAAUACAGUCAGAGGCUUCAGUAUCUGGGAGAUAAACAGCAGAACUGCACCAUCAGACUGAGUCAUGUGACACUGAAGGAUUCACAAAUGUACUAUUUCAGAUUCACCACUGAUAAACCUGAUGGUAAAUGGACUGGUAAACCAGGUGUGAAUCUUACUGUCACAGAUCUUCAGGUGGAGUCUCCUGAGAGAGUGACAGAGGGAGAUUCAGUCCGUCUGACAUGUAAAAGCAGCUGCACUCUGACUGACAGAGCAACAUUCAUCUGGUACAGAAACUCACAGCCAUUAACUGAGAGAAGAGACAGAAACAAUGAACUCCUGCUGCAGUCAGUCAGAAGAGAGGAUGCAGGCAGAUAUAGCUGUGCUGUACACGGACACAAUCACAUCUCUCCUGCUGUUGAGCUCAAUGUCAUGUAUCCUCCAAAGAACGUCUCAGUGUUGAUAACUGGAUCUGGUGAAAUAGUGUCAGGAGAUUCAGUGACUCUGAUCUGCAGCAGUGAUUCAAACCCUCCUGCUCUGAACUUCAGCUGGUUUAAAGGAGGAACGUUUGUAGGAUCUGGAAGAAUCUACAGCAUCUCAAAUAUCAGCUCUGAUGACAGUGGAGAAUACAAGUGCAGAUCCAUCAAUGAACAUGGAGUGAAAUACUCUGAUGCUGUGACUUUAAACGUCAUGUAUCCUCCCAGGAACGUCUCAGUGUUGAUAAAUGGAUCUGGUGAAAUAGUGUCAGGAGAUUCAGUGACUCUGAUCUGCAGCAGUGAUUCAAACCCUCCUGCUCUGAACUUCAGAUGGUUUAAGGAGAAUGAAAGCUCAGCUGUUGGAUCUGGACAGAGUUUCAGUGCACUACAGAGUGGACGCUUCUACUGUCAGGCUCACAAUCAACAUGGAUCUCAGAGAUCAGACGCUGUAACUGUCACAGUUCAUCAUGAUGCUGGUAGGAAUGUGAUUGUGAUCGCAGCGACAUCUGGAGGAUUAUUCAUCAUCAUCAUCAUCAUCAUCAUCAUCAUCCUGUUUAUAAUGAGGAAACGAAGGAGUGAUAAAACUGAAGAUCUCACAGUGACACAGAAUGAUCUCUAUUCUGACGCGUCACAGAGAGUUUCUCCGUAUGCCAGUGUGAAUCCAAAGAGAUUCAGAGGAAAAACUCCUGAAUCCAGAGAUACUGAGGAGAUCCAGUACGCAACUGUCCAACAUCACAGAAAGAAAGAGACGAAGAGAGCAGAAGAGACUGAAUGUCAGUAUGACGAUAUAAGAGUUCAUCAGCCUGAUCCUGCCGUGAGGCGAUCAACUGUUCAAACUGUGGAAGAGCCUUCAAUGAUCUACAGCAGCAUCAAAUGAGUGACAGAGUGUAUAUGUUAUAUUAUGUAUUAAUGUAAGUGUUUUAUAGAGUUUCCACUUCAUGUUUUACUUUACAUGUUCUUACAACUACAGCUAAAGCUUUAAUAAACCUGAGUAGUUAUUAACCUCCAUGCAGUUUAAGGCUGUAGUGUCUUUACUGGUUAACCAGGACUGAAGGGACCUCUGGUGGUGAAUGUAUAAAUUAUUCUUCAUAUGGACAGCAAUAUAGUGUGGCCCAUAUCUGCCUCUAAUUUCAAAUGGCUUCAGAUCAAUCAAUCAAUCAAUCAAUCAUUUAUUUAUAAAGCACUUUAAAAGCCGCAAAGUAUACCAAAGUGCUGUACAAGAAAGAUUUCAAUACAUACACAAAAUACAAAAAAUAAUAAUAGCAAUUAAUUAAGAUACAUAAGUAAAUACCUAUAAAACUACACAUCAAACACCUGUGAGCGAAAAUAGGUCUUAAGACGUGAUUUGAACAUCUGCAGAGAGGUUGAAGAAUGCACAGAGAAGGGAAGAUCAUUCCAUAGCCUAGGGGCCAGAUAUUUUUAAAGCCUUUAAUAGACCUUAUUCUGAGCAGCGCCAUGACAGGUAUGAAAGCGAGGCUGUGAGGGAUUGACUUACCAUAUUUUCAAUGACAUCCACUGUAAAAAGCUGUAUAAAGUUCUUAGAUCACUUACAAUUUCCCACAGUUCAUAUUGUCAGUUUUUUUUUUUUCCACUGAAAUUUCUCUGAAAGAUAUUUUUGCAGUGUUUCAUCAGCAUAACAAUCCCAAAACACAUUAAAUAACAGGACAACCCACUGAAGAGAUGUAUGUCUACCCCUCACAGCCUUGCUUUCAUUCCCAUUAAAAACCAAACAAGGCACUGUUGUGAAUAAGGUCUAUAGAGCAAAUAACAAAUACAUUUGGCCAUGCCCAUGUGGUCAUUUUCCCGCCCCUCCUCCACUCUGAGUGAAUGGCUGGGUAAAAAGUGGCAGUCAUGGGCACUGCAUUUUAUCCAAAGUUUAAGUUUUUUCAACUUUUGGCUUCUGUCACGCUGUUGGUGUUUUUAAAUACAUGGCGCUUCCUUUGAAACCAACUGGAAAAUGUGCUGGCCUUAGGAAAAAAUGUUUGGAAACACAAUGUUAUUGUGUUUAUGUGAGUGAAUCACAUGACAAUAACUAUCUAGAUAUCCAUCAAGGCUCAGUAUUGGCUGGCCCACAAAUUCUGACAUUUGUAAAUGAAAACACCAGUGAACAUGAAUUGAUUAGUUGUAUAUCUUCAUUAUUCUUAACUAUACUUAUUUGAGAUUUAGAGGAGGCAGUUCUAAUAUCGGUCACCGGGGGGGCAUUCUACUUCCUGUUUCUCAACAAUUGAAAAAUAUUGAUACCGCAGGAUUUGUUAGCAAACUGUUUGUACUGUACAGUUGUGUUCUGCACUCAGCGUGGAAUUGUUGCCAUCAUCUUGAAUUGUCAAUAGAACUGAAAAAAAAAAAAAAAAUGGAGAAAAUAUCACAUAAACUUACUUCAUAAGUAGAUGUUGAUUUUUCGAAAAUAUUUUUGUUUAAAAAUAUUUAAUGGUGAUCGGUGUUCCCAUUGGUUGGGCACUUGGAACUUCAUUUAUACUACUAUAAUUAUUUUCCUUUUGAUGCAGUGAUGUAACAAGAAAUCACAGUUGUUAGUUUUCAAAGGAAGGGAGGUAAUCAAAAGGGCUGCUUUUAAAGGUGAUCUAACUUCUAACAAAGUCAUUGACAUUAUCAAGUACCCUCUACAGCUCUUUGUUAGUUAGUGAAACUCUUGUGUAAGUGACUAAGCAUUUCUCAGUACAACAUACAAUUCCUAUUUCACUUAGUUUUUUUUUUUGUUUUUUUUAUUUAGGCAAUCAGUUACCAUGUUUUUUUAUAAGUAAGUCUUGCAAAUUUGAUUUUACAGUGUGUAGGCUCACUGAGCACACAGCGAGUGCGCUGUGAGGUUACACUUUUAGCUCACUGUGACCUCACAUUGUGACCAUAUCAUGAGUAUCCUGGGAGCUCAUGGUGAGAUCAUGGUGUUCACACAGCCUCUCCACAAGCAAAUAUUUUGAAGCAGUGUUAAAGGGUUAGGUAAUUAAUGACAGAAAUUACUCAACCUCAUGUCAUUCCAAACAACUUUCGUUCAUCUUCAGAACACAAAUUAAGAUAUUUUUGAUGAAAUCCAAGAGGAUUUAAAAAAAAAAAAAAUAUCCCCAAUAGAAAGCAACAUAAUUAUCGUCAUUCAAGGCCCAGAAAGGUACUAAAGACAUUGUUAAAAUAGUCAACGUGACUACAGUAGUUCAACCUUAAUGUUAUGAAGCGACGAGAAUGCUUUUUGUGCACAAGAACAAAACAAAAAUAAUGACUUUAUUCAACAAUUUCUUCUCUACUCUGUCAGACUCAUACACGGUUGACGCAGUGAACGCAGUUCAGUGCUUCUGUGUUUACGUCCAAAUGCCGGCUCAGUAUUGGCUGGUCCACAAGCCGGAACUCAAACUCAGGACACCCGAGCUGCAAGGCUAUCAGCGCAGACGAUAGGAUAUUUUUGACUUGACCGCAAUGUUUCUUCUCCAUCAUACAAUGCAUUUUGCCUGUACAUAAAUUAACCAUUAUGUUAUGUCAUUGUGUCACAGACACGCCAGGCUCCAACACCGUCCAAUCACAGCGCACUCAGUCACCACAUAAAAGACACUCACACACCUUCAGUCACUGUCCGGUCUCGUUUGCAUCUAGACUUACCUUCAUGCUAACCUCAAGGACUCCUAGCCAUCUACUUACCUGUCUCCAGCGUCUCCAAGUCUGCUCCUGUGUUCUCAGUUUGUGUGUGAGUGUCUUCCAUCUCCAGCAUUGUUCCUCUUCACCACUACAAACACAAAGGACAGUAUCACUCAUCCAUCUCUCAUCAUUCACUCCAAGAUUCAUUACAUACUCAUCUGCACGUCUGUAUCCUCUGCUGUCUAAUAAACAUCAUUAACUGUUA